UGGCCCCGCCCCCGUGACUAUAUAAAGGCGGGGCGGCGGCGCUGGGCGGCAGAACGCGGCUGGAGCGGACACAGACAGACACGGAUACACGCGCUGCUGCAAUGUCGGACUUCAGGGAGCUGUGCGAGCUGGUGUCUGAGUUGAGCUUCUUGGAUCCCGACGAUUUCUCCGCCUGGAAGUCUGGCCCCGAGAGCCGGGCGGUGGGUCCGCCGCUGCCCGUCACCUCCCGCCGCUACUCCACCAGCCAGCUGCCGCUGCCGGGGUGCCGGGGCCCGCCGGGGCUGGGACUGGGGCUGGGGUUCCGGGAGCCGGGGCUGUGCGACGUGGAGUGGGGGCAGGAGCAGGAGGAGGAAGAGGAGGAGGAGAGGCGGGGUGUGUCGCUGCUGAUGCCGCCCUCUCCCUCGCCGUCGGCCCGCUACAAGACCGAGCUGUGCCGCCCCUUCCAGGAGAGCAGCUUCUGCCGCUAUGGGGACAAGUGCCAGUUCGCCCAUGGUCUGUCCGAGCUGCGCUCCCUCAGCCGCCACCCCAAGUACAAGACGGAGCCGUGCCGCACCUUCCACACCACCGGCUUCUGCCCCUACGGCACCCGCUGCCACUUCAUCCACAACCCCGAGGAGGAGAGGGGGGCCCGGCCUCGCCUGCGCCAGAGCGCCAGCCUGGGCUCAGCCUCGCCCGGCCCUGCGCUAGACUGGGCCGCGCUGCGGGCAGCCUUCAGUCCUGACCUGGAGUUGGAGCUGGCCCGGACUCUGGGCUUGGGGCUGGGCAAGGGAGGAGGAGGAGGAGGAAGUUGCUGCUGCCGCCAGCACCACCAUCACCAACACCAACACCAGCGGCAACACCAGCAGCUCCAGCGGGCGCCCGGCUUGCCCAUGGCCGGCAGGAGCCCGUCCGCAGACUCGCUCUCCGACCAGGACGACACCAGCAGCAGCGGCUCCGAGUCGCCCAUCUUCGAGCAGGGCCGGCGGCUGCCCAUCUUCAGCCGGAUCUCCGUGUCGGACUGAGGGAGGGGUGGAGGUGGAGAAGGGAAGUGAAUCGGGGUGUUGCCUCUCCCAAGCUGUGUCUGUGGCUGGGUGCCGUCUCCCCAAGGGUGUCACCCUCCACUCCGGGUUUGUGGGUGCUGUUGUACCCUGGUGUGAAAGACUAAAGGGGGCAAGGGGCGGUGAUAUCUUUCCCAUUGAGAGAAUGUUAAUUGUUUUGGUUUGCCUGUGAUUUGGGAAUGUGUGUGUGUGUUACCACCCCAAGUAUAUGAGAGACCAGGGGUGUGUCCAGUAUCAAACUUGCCCGUGUGUGUGUUACCCUGGGGUGUUGCUUCUGCCUGGGAGUAUGUGUCGCUGACGGACUAGGGGCAUUCCUUGCCUGUGCCCCAAGUUGUAUGUGGCACCCCUUGUGUAUGUGUGCUGGUGGGGGGGCGUAUGUCUCUCGAGUUUCACCCCAAGGUGUAUGUGUGACUGUAGGGUGUCGGUAUUUGUCCCCCUGUCUGUCUGACUGGGAGGGGUGUCUGGUUGGCUCUGUGCUCCCUCACCUGUAGCCCUUGUGUACAGAGGUGGGAGGAGGGUAUCUAUGGAUGGUGGGAGCAUACGUCCUGAUGUAGCAGAGGAAGGGAAUGCCCAUUGCCAGGGAUUGCGCCUUGCCAGCAUUGUUGGUAAUCGGGUACCUACAUACAACGCAUUAACCUAUUGUACCAAGUAUUUGUACAAACUUUUUCUAAGCUGUCUAAUGCACAAUAGAUUAUAUUUAAAUUAUUUAUUGAAGAUUUUGGAAUGUUUUGUAUAUUUAAUGAUAAAGUACUAUAUUUUUAGAUAAUUUAUGAUCUUUUUAAAAACAUUCUGAAUGUAUCGAUUAUAAUGCUAUCCAGUGCCUUAUAACUGAUUUCAUUUUGAAGUGAAAUAAACUUCUAAUUAAAAAAUC